AUGCAAAAGAAUACAAGACAAGAAACAUAUAAAAUCGUUAAGACUCGCCCCCCUAAAAGGCAAGGCGAACUUAACUUUAGCAUCAAUUCAGGUAUUUUUACCUGCUCCGAAUGCGAAAAAGAGUUCGAAAAGCCUUGGUUACUGAAAAGGCAUUCGAAGGUUCACCAUAUAAGUAAUCAAAUGGCAACCAAUACUGUACUCGACGAACCCGAGCAGGCCGAAUUGAUAGUCGAGAGCACUAUUCUGGAUGCUAAUGCAUUUGAUUACUCGAGUGACGAAGAUGACUCCUCCAGUAUUGGGGAUGAAGAAGACAACAUUGUAGACGAGGAAAACGAUAUUGUCGAUAAUUUCUUUGAUAUUGAAAUGAACAGUAAUCCAGUUUUCAACGCGUUCUCUGACAUGUUUUCUUCUGCUGCUGCUGCUGAUGAGGUAUCAAUGACCGAUGAUGACUCUGAGAUCCCGGAAGAAGUCUUUGAGACAAUUGGCGCUGUAAAUGACCCUACAAGCUGUUAUCCUUUUCGCGAUCUUCAAACCAUGAUCCUUUUCGCUUUUAUCGAUGGGGAUAAUGACAUGAUCUCCCAGCGAAUGUUGAAGAAGAUACUGCUUGCGAUGAACUUGAUCAUUAAGAUCCAGCAAGAAACUCCCAUAGGAAGAACAUUUAAGUUACCUCGUUUGGAUGCUCUUUUAAAUUAUCAGGCAAGAAAGAAGUCCAAGAUGCCUGUCUUUCCUUCACAAAGAAUAUCAGUACCUGGAUCAAACGGGAACGCAUUCGCCCAUAUUAACCUUCCGUCCGACCACUUGAGAUUUCUUAUGGCAAACCCAAAGAAAUCCAAGUUGAUCUCGUCCAUGCCCGAUCGUACCCCAAACCAAUCGAUCUGUUUGGAACAAGGUGAAAAGUGGAGAACCCACCAUCUCUUUCAGCAGCCUAUGCACACUGUAAAUGGUAUAGAUGUCUGGUUUGGAAACAUCGUUUACUUGAAGACAAACGAUUGCAGCAUCUGCUUUUUGGUUGAAUCGUUCCACACGGCAAAUAAAAACAUUUUUGCGAGAGGGUAUCUGGUCAGAGCGAUUUCGAUUGUAUGCUAUGGCGUUGAGGUUGCUGUUACCGAUCUUAGAGUAGAGCAGAUCUCUCACGUUGACACCACUCCUGUUGAAAGAGAUCACUACUACAGUAUCUCAAGUAGCCUUACCAGAUUGAGUCCUGCUCAUGACUUUCUUCUUUUUGGAGUUCAUCCAAUGAAGAAGCCUAUGCCUCUUUCUGUUUUGCCCAGUAAUGUAGAUUGCGAUGCAGUGUUUUACAAAGUUAGGAUUGUUUCAAUCAUCCUUUUUACAGACGACACUUCCGGCAAUCGUUCAAAGCAGUACAAUCCGUUUGAAAGCUGGUUAAUGAGAUGCACUGCCUUGCCUUUUAAGGAUCGAAAUUCGAUAGCAAACAUCCAGUUUCUUUCUACAAUCCCUAAGAAAGAUGGUGCAAAUGGUAUGUCUCUUCUGCCAGCAAUCGUUGAUGACUUUAAGAAACUCGAGAAAGGUGUAAAAAUGUUCUCCGCUGAAGACAAUGAGUAUGUUCUGGUUGUUGCUCCCAUCCUUUGGAUUGAGGCUGACACGCCAUGUCAUUCGGAACUUUGCGGAUUGCUUGGGCCGGCCACCACAUUUCCUUGCAGAAGAUGCUACAUCGAACUUAGACGUGCAAAAGACUUUGUGAAGGACUUGUCCUACUUCUGUGAGUGCCAUGAGAGACGAACUCGAGAGCACUAUGUUCUUGCAAACUCGUCACCUGGCAGAGACACUGAGAUCCCAAAUACUCCGAAAAUUGGAAUGAACACGCCUGCAAACGAGAUAAGCUUUAGAGAUCGUUCGACUGGCCGCUUAUUAGAAUUGCAGUCGUUUGAUCCAGAAAAGGAUACACCAGUGGAAAUCCUCCACACGAUACUUCUUGGUGUUGCAAAGUAUAUGGUAAUUGACUUGGUUAAGGUCGUGCUUAAGAAUGACACAGCCACAAUAGCAAGACUUUCAGAAUUCUUGACAGAUUACACGCGAUCAACUGGUCUAUCAAGAAAGUUCACCCGAAACUUGAGACAUAGUGGUUCAUUCCUCGGUAGAGAUUUCAAGGUUCUGCUUCAAAUACUUCCUGUAAUUCUGAUUACAGAAUUCUCUGGAAAUCAUGAGCUAGACCUUGUAAUACCAUGCUUUGUUGAACUUGGCCGAUUGUGUUCUCUGGUAUUCGUUCGUCAGGUGACAUCAGACUUUGAUAACUAUAUUAUCAGAGUAGAUAAUGCAGUGAAGCGCUUGAUCAGAGCAUUAUUUGACUACGAUAAAGGAACCAAGAACGAGCUCCACAAGGCAUAUUGCACCAAGCCGAAAGUUCAUUACUUGACACAUCUCAAGGAAGAUAUAAUUCGUUUUGGCCCAGCCCUCAAUUAUGAAACAGAAAAGGGCGAACAGUUCAAUAAGCACAUUCGCGAACAUCUGUUUCAUACGAAUCGCCAAAACACUUCCAGAGAUGUUUGCCUAAAGUUUGCAAAGCAGAUAGCAUUGCAACAUGUAAUUGACGGCGGGUCGUGGAUUAAUAGCUCUGGCAACCGAGAGAAGUCUGGAACUGGAAUAGAGAGGUUCAUUAAGGACAACAAUGAAUCUUUGUUCUAUUACACCUUCUUUGGCGGCUCGAGAGAGCUAAAGGACAACAACGACACUGGAGAUAUUGAAGAUGACGCCGUCCAAAACAACAGUUUUGGCGCGUUUGUUUUUAAAGAUGAUCCAAUCUCUCGCCCUCGUAUAGGACUUGUCUCAGGCUCUGUUGUUAAGUUUCUUAGCAUUGUUCCUCGUACGGAUAAUGACAGAAACAAUAACUAUGCCAAGGCUGUAAUGACAGGUGAGCAUUCUGAUGUUGCUAACAUGAAUCUCGUUUGUAAGUUAGAUUUGCACAUUUUCCGCAACCCAUUUUACAUUGUAAAUUUGAGCAAGUUCGGUUCCUACUGGUUCAUUUUCAAUAAUAUUCUUUUUGAUGAAUAA